GACGAGGAGCUGGUGGAAGUGCUGCUCCGAGGCAAAGCUCCCUGGGGCUUCACCCUGAGGGGAGGCACCGAGCACCGGGAGCCGCUGGUCAUCACCAAGGUGGAGCCGGGCAGCGUGGCAGCAGCCGUCCGUCUCCUGGCCGGGGACGAGAUGGUGAGCGUCAACGCCGUCCCCCUCAGCGGGUCCCGGCAGGAGGCCAUCUGCCUGGUGAAGGGCUCCCACAGGACCCUGACCCUGGUGGUCCGAAGGUACCACACACAGCAGACACACAAGUUUAAUACCUGAGAAAUACAAACACAUUUUAUGUUCAUUAAACAACAUUUUCACAUUUUGAGCAUUGAAACAAUAAGUAAAAAACAGUUUAAAACUUCCUGAAUUAUAUUAACUUCACCAACCAGUCAUCAUUCUAAUGGGAGGGGGGGCCAGCUGAGGCAGACCC